AUGGACAGGGCUACCCUCAGCCUGGCCAGCCCAGAGUCCACGGAGGAGAGUGUGGAAGUGAGCUGGUCAGGGACCACAGAGAGAGAGGAGCCAUCUCUGCAGCCGGUACCGGCCACUCCCCACAAGGAGGACGUCUACUUUUCGGGCAAGGGCCGGAGAAUGCUGAGCUGGAGCAGCUCACUGUUGUCCGAGUCCUCCUCCGAGUACCAGUCCUACUCCCAGGACAAGUCUUGCUACUCCUGCACAUACAGCGACAAGGAUGCUGCCCAGCAAAACAUGUGUGCCUUCUACACCCACGUGAAGACCGUGCAGGGCGUGGCCGUGGCCUGGGAGACCGACAGCGGCUUCGAGCCGGUCAGCAGGCAGCCCCGCAUCCACGAAGCCGAGUUUAUCAGGAGGCAGAGGCGGAAAGGCUCCUCCUUUGAGAUGGCAUCCAACACAGACCUGCGCUGGGAGCUGGAGGCCAGCAGGAGCAACACCUGCUCAGAGCCGGACGACGUGGAGCUGCUGGCGCCCCUGGAGUGCUGUCUGCAGGAGCUGCGGGACACCCCAGACUGGCUGGUCACCACCAACUACGGGCUGCGGUGCAUGGCCUGCUGCCGGGUCUUCCCCACGCUGGAGGAGCUGCUGGAGCAUGCCCAGUAUGGCAUCCAAGAGGGCUUCAGCUGCCAGAUCUUUUUCGAGGAGAUGCUGGAGAAAAGGCGGGCCCGGGGCCAAAUGCAGGAGCAACAAUCAGAGGAGGAGGAACAGAGCUGCUCAGACAGUAGCGAACGUCCAAGGUCCCAUGUCAAGGUGCUUUCAUCAGAGCCACAGACACGGCCGCAGAAGCAGUGAGCUGUGGGUGGUGCGCCCCACCCUGCCCUCACCUCCGGCACCGCAGUGGCUCCUUUCGCAGCCAGCAGGACCAAAGCCAUCAGGGCAGGGAGAGAGGCUGAGGGCUGGGAAAGGAUGCGAGUGGCAUGCAGACCUGGGAGGGCUGUGAGAAGGGACAGGUAAGACGCCAUCCCAAAGGGCACAGCAUUUCAACCAGAGUCCAUUUCAAAGCCAGACUCAAGUCUGACAGCAGGUGCAAGAUCUGAAGCCCACAAGACUGUAGCCACAGGGAUUUCUAUUUUUGCUGGUGGUUUCAGUAGGUUACAACUCCCGGGAGAGCCAACUGCUAGUGAAGCUUCAGCCCUAUUUUUUUUUUUCAUUGUUAGAAACCCGUCAUAUGCCCUAGUUUGAUGUCUUAUUUUAAUGUGAUUAAACUUAAAUAACUCAAUGUUUAAGGCAAUGGCUAAUUGAAUGAAUCACGUUAUUGGGCUGGACCCAUAGGAAAUUGACAUCUCUGUAGGUUACACACUGGCACAGGCAUCCGAGAUGGCAGGUGCCCAGAGGUAGCGAUGGCGGCUGGCUAAGUUUUUUGACCUAUGAGUUCAGAUAUGUCAACUCUGGGUUUUAAAAUGCUGCUACAAGAUAUGUCUUCACCCUCUUAGGGGACUUCAUUCACUCAAGAAAACACACGGUGGCUCAAUGGGUGCUAAGCAGGCUGAUGAAAUGUGGACCCCAACCUUGCAGUGAGAGGCAGAUAGAACAGGCAAUUGCAAAGCAAAGGGAGGAAUCACCUAAAGGAGGGUUGGGGAGCCCAGUGGAGGGCCCCCAAACUCACGCUGGUUGAUGAGGAGGGAAAACUUUCCAAAGAGGCUGAGGCUCCCAGAGGCUUGAAGGACAGAGUUAGUGAGACUGGGAGCUUUUGUCAAAGUCAACACAACUAACUAAGAUGGCUUCUAGGAGGGGUGAACAGUGUUAAAUGUGGGAGUGAGCUGAAGAUAAAAUAUUCUUCCUUUCCUUUGGCAUAUGGAGGUUGCUGGUGGCUGUGAUAAGAGCAGUGUCAGGGGCUGAGGGGGUCAGAGGCCAGACGGGCAUGGAGCAGUAGUGGACAUGAGAAAAACCACUGGACACAAGUAUUAGACAACUCCGCUGGCAAGUUUGUCUAAAAAGAAAAGCAGUGAUGGCUUAGCUGGACAGAAGGAAAUGACAAAUAGGCAAAGAUGGGGAGAGAGCAAGUUUCUGUGCCGGUGGGAAUGACUCAGAAGAGAGGGGGAGCCUGAGAAUGCCAGAAAAAUGGGGGAGGAUCGAAGAAGAGGAGUCAAGGAGGUGAGAGGAGACUGGAUCUUGACCAGAUACGAAGAAACCAGCCCCUGACAAGAGUGCCCUGGUGUUCUCUGCCAUAGGGCAGUUAGGUC